GAUGAGACAGUAAUGGAAAGAAUAGUUGGACUGACAGAAAUGUUCCCAGAUAAGGUGAGGUCCUCAUUGUUGGCAGCUUGCAAGGGCACAUACUUUGGAGGGAAAUGGAUUUUUAAUGCUGCAAAAGUUACCAUGUGGGUCUUAUCUACAUCCCUCGUUAUUCUGGCGUUGCCAAUUGCUUUUGAGAGUGAAAAAAGCAAUACUGAAGAAAAUCAACUACUACAGCAAAGACAGAUGUUACUGGGACCAAACGUAGCAGUGUCAGGUCCCCAUAGCAACCUGCCUCACAUGCCUGUUGUGUCUCCAACAGCUUGA